GAAUUUAUGAACAUCUUUUAUACAAGCCUCUAUUGCAAGUAAUGGUCUGAUGUCUCUGAAUCCAGCGAGCUAAGUCCAGUAAUCUAUAAUACAACUGUGCCAUGCUGCCUCUAAUCCUUACCCACUUUUUUUCUUCACAUGCUGAUAUUGAGGAUUCAUGGGGCUUGAGUCAGAGCACCAUUCUUGGGGACCCUGGAACACUAUUAUGGAGACGGAGAGCGAGCAGAACUCUAGCUCCACCAAUGGGAGUUCCAGCUCGGGGGGCAGCUCUCGGCCCCAGAUAGCGCAGAUGUCCCUGUAUGAACGGCAGGCGGUGCAGGCUCUGCAAGCCUUGCAGCGGCAACCCAAUGCAGCUCAGUAUUUCCACCAGUUCAUGCUCCAGCAGCAGCUCAGUAAUGCCCAGCUGCACAGCCUGGCAGCCGUUCAGCAGGCCACGAUUGCUGCCAGUCGGCAGGCUAGCUCCCCAAACAGCAGCACAGCCCAGCAGCAGACCGCUACCACCCAGGCCUCGAUCAAUCUGGCGACGACAUCGGCCGCCCAGCUCAUCAGCCGCUCCCAGAGUGUGAGCUCUCCCAGUGCCACCACCCUGACCCAGUCUGUGUUACUGGGGAACACCACUUCCCCACCCCUCAACCAGUCUCAGGCCCAGAUGUAUCUGCGGCCACAGCUGGGAAACCUAUUACAGGUUAACCGGACCUUGGGCCGGAAUGUGCCUCUAGCCUCCCAACUCAUCCUGAUGCCCAAUGGGGCGGUGGCUGCGGUCCAGCAGGAGGUGCCACCCGCUCAGUCUCCGGGAGUUCAUGCAGAUGCAGAUCAGGUGCAGAACUUGGCAGUGAGGAACCAGCAGGCCUCAGCUCAAGGACCCCAGAUGCCAGGCUCUACUCAGAAGGCCGUUCCUCCUGGAGCUUCUCCUGUUUCUGGCCUUUCCCAGGCCUCUAGCCAGGCCCUAGCUGUGGCACAGGCUUCUUCUGGGGCCUCAGGCCAGUCACUCAACCUUAGUCAAGCUGGGGGAGGCAGUGGGAAUAGCCUCCCAGGCUCCAUGGGUCCAGGUGGAGGUGGCCAGGCACCUGGGGGCUUGGGUCAGUUGUCUUCAGGAUUGGGUGGUGGAAGCUGUCCCAGGAAGGGCACAGGAGUGGUACAGCCCUUACCCCCAGCUCAAACAGUGACUGUGAGCCAGGGCAGCCAAACAGAGGCAGAAAGUGCAGCAGCCAAGAAGGCAGAAGCAGAUGGGAGUGGCCAGCAGAAUGUGGGCAUGAACCUGACUCGGACCGCCACACCUGCCCCCAGCCAGACUCUUAUUAGCUCAGCCACAUACACACAGAUCCAGCCCCAUUCACUGAUCCAGCAGCAGCAGCAGAUCCACCUCCAGCAGAAGCAAGUGGUGAUCCAGCAGCAGAUUGCCAUACAUCACCAGCAGCAGUUCCAACACCGCCAGUCCCAGCUGCUUCACACAGCUACGCACCUCCAGUUGGCCCAGCAGCAACAGCAGCAACAACAGCAGCAGCAGCAGCAGCAACAGCAGCAGCAGCAGCAAGCAACAACUCUCACUGCCCCUCAGCCACCCCAGGUCCCACCCACUCAGCAGGUCCCACCUUCCCAGUCCCAACAGCAAGCUCAGACCCUGGUGGUCCAACCCAUGCUCCAGUCUUCAUCCCUGUCUCUUCAGCCUGACCCAGCCCCCAAACCACCCAUCCCCAUUCAGUCCAAACCACCUGUGGCACCUAUCAAACCCCCUCAACUAGGAGCUGCAAAGAUGUCAGCUACCCAGCAACCACCACCACAUAUCCCUGUGCAAGUUGUGGGUACCCGGCAGCCAGGUACAGCCCAGGCACAGGCUUUGGGAUUAGCACAGCUGGCAGCCGCUGUACCUACUUCCCGGGGAAUGCCAGGGGCAGUCCAGCCUGGCCAGGCCCAUCUGGCUUCCUCGCCACCUUCAUCGCAGGCUUCUGGGGCGCUUCAGGAGUGUCCUCCCGCAUUGGCCCCUGGGAUGACCCUUGCUCCUGUGCAGGGAACGGCACAUGUGGUGAAGGGUGGGGCUACAGCCUCCUCCCCUGUGGUGGCCCAAGUCCCUGCUGCUUUCUACAUGCAGUCUGUGCACCUGCCGGGUAAACCCCAGACAUUGCCUGUAAAACGAAAAGCUGAGUCUGAGGAGGAGAGAGAUGAUGGCUCCACACUGGGCUCUGUGCUCCCUGCAAAGCCAUCACCAGCAUCAGAGAGCCCAAAGGUAAUGGAGGAGAAGAACAGUGUUGGAGAGAAAGCUGAACCAGUGUCCAGUUUGAAUGCUAAUCCUCCAACCAGUGACUUAGUAUCCUUGGCCCCUACCUCAUCAGCACCGCCUCCUACUCUAGCCUUGGUGUCCAGACAGAUGGGUGACUCAAAACCCCCACAGGCCAUUGUGAAGCCGCAGAUUCUCACGCACAUCAUUGAAGGCUUUGUUAUCCAGGAGGGAGCAGAACCUUUCCCGGUGGGAUGUUCUCAGUUACUGAAGGAAUCUGAGAAGCCACUGCAGGCUGGCCUUCCGUCAGGGCUGAAUGAGAAUCAGUCCGGUGGCCCUUUGGGCGGAGACAGCCCCUCUGUAGAGUUAGAUAAGAAAGCAAAUCUCUUAAAGUGUGAAUACUGUGGGAAGUAUGCCCCAGCAGAGCAGUUUCGUGGCUCUAAGAGGUUUUGCUCCAUGACAUGUGCAAAGAGGUACAAUGUGAGCUGUAGCCACCAGUUCCGCUUGAAGAGGAAAAAAAUGAAAGAGUUUCAGGAAGCCAGUUACGCCCGUGUUCGGAGGCGUGGACCCCGCCGCAGCUCUUCUGACAUUGCUCGUGCUAAGAUCCAGGGCAAGCGCCAUCGGGGACAAGAGGACUCUAGCCGAGGCUCCGAUAAUUCUAGUUAUGAUGAAGCACUCUCCCCAACAUCUCCUGGGCCACUGUCAGUAAGACCUGGACAUGGAGAACGUGACCUAGGAAACACCAUCACAGCUCCGCCCACACCAGAAUUACAUGGCAUCAACCCUGUGUUCCUGUCCAGUAAUCCCAACCGAUGGAGUGUAGAGGAAGUCUACGAGUUCAUUGCUUCUCUGCAAGGCUGCCAAGAAAUUGCAGAAGAGUUUCGUUCCCAGGAAAUUGACGGACAGGCCCUUUUAUUACUUAAAGAAGAACAUCUUAUGAGUGCCAUGAACAUCAAAUUAGGUCCUGCCCUCAAGAUCUGUGCCAAGAUCAAUGUCCUCAAGGAGACCUAAUGUGGGCCUCUGCACACACCAGCCUAAGUCAGAUGCCCCAGUCAUUCAGGCUAUAACCUGGGGCCAGCAGACUUUGCAGGGACCAGCGAGCUGUUCCUCUUAUGUGACCCCCUAUGGGGGGGUAUGGAGACAGAAGUGCAAGAAUUGGUUGCUGGUGCUACAUGGUGGCAGCUUGGACAUUUUCUCUGGGUUUCACCUUAAAACACACACACACUCACGAACAUUCUUACUGUUCACACCUACCCUAAUCCAGUUUCAAGCAGGCAGACUAGAGAUUAGGACUGCUCAACCUUAUCCUGGAUGGAGUGACUAACCAGGGUCUCACUUCUCCAAGAGGAAGAGUGUCUUAUGUGGCAAGGCAAGGAAAUGGGUGAAAUGUAGGUUUGCCUCCCCAACAGGAGAGGGUCAGUUUUCCUAGCUUGUGUGACACAAGUAGCAAAGCCUGAUCAUCUCCUCCUCUUGGUUGUCUCAUUGUGGCUGUAGCUCAGUUUGCUGUUAUCACUUCCCCUAGUAUUGAAUAUCCCUGCAUCCAUGGCAGGGUCACCAGCCAGUGUGGACACUCGGUUGGUGUCUGAUUUGCUGCAGGGACUAAAGGUGUUUGACUGACACACACGUGGCUGUUGUCAUUACUUCUGCAUCCCCGCUCCCUUCUGAUUUGUUACCAUCUUCAACCCUUUUCUGUUCCAACUCUUUUUCCUAUAGCUUUACAAAACAGGAGUGUGUGGGGCUAAGGUCAGGAUUGUAAGCACCUGCCUUAGGCACUAUUCCUUAUACAACAAAUAUUAAAUAUUUUUUCUUCCUCAGUAAAAGGCUGAAAAUUGG